AUGGCCAACACUCCCCACGGUGGUGUCCUCAAGGACCUCUUCGCGCGCGAUGCCCCUCGCUCUGCAGAACUCGCCAAGGAGGCCGAGUCGCUGCCCGCCAUCACAUUGACCGAGCGUCACCUCUGUGAUCUCGAGCUUAUUCUCAACGGUGGUUUCUCUCCUCUUGAAGGUUUCAUGACCCAGAAGGACUACAAUGGUGUCGUGGAGGACAACCGUCUGGCCGAUGGUGCCCUCUUCUCCAUGCCCAUCACCCUCGAUGUCAGCCAAAAGGAGAUUGACAGCCUGGGCCUCAAGGAGGGCGUCCGCGUCGUCCUGCGUGACCUCCGUGAUGACCGCGACCUGGCCAUUCUGACCAUCGAGGACAUCUACCAGCCCGACAAGGUCAACGAGGCCGUCAAGGUCUUUGGCAGCGAUGAUGACACUCACCCCGGUAUCAAGUACCUCUUCAGCACCGCCAAGCAGUUCUACGUCGGUGGUAAGCUUGAGGCCAUCCAGCGCCUGGAGCACUACGACUUCCUGGAGCUGCGCUUCACACCCUCCGAGCUGCGCUCCCACUUUAACAAGCUGGGCUGGCAGAAGGUGGUCGCCUUCCAGACGCGCAACCCCAUGCACCGAGCCCACCGUGAGCUGACCGUCCGCGCUGCCCGCUCGCAGCAGGCCAACGUCCUCAUCCACCCCGUCGUCGGUCUCACCAAGCCCGGUGACAUUGACCACUUCACCCGCGUCCGCGUCUACAAGGCCAUCCUGAACCGCUACCCCAACGGCAUGGGCGCCCUCGCCCUCCUGCCGCUGGCCAUGCGCAUGGGCGGUCCCCGCGAGGCCCUGUGGCACGCCAUCAUCCGCAAGAACCACGGCGCCACCCACUUCAUCGUCGGCCGUGACCACGCCGGCCCCGGCAAGAACAAGAACGGCAAGGACCACUACGGUGCCUACGACGCCCAGAUCCUCGUGCAGAAGUACCAGGAGGAGCUUGGCAUCAAGAUGGUCGAGUUCCAGGAGAUGAUCUACAUCCCCGACAAGGACGAGUACAUGCCAGCCAACGAGAUCCCCGAGGGCACAAAGACCCUCAACAUCUCCGGCACCGAGCUGCGCAACCGCCUCAAGACCGGCAAGGACAUCCCCGCCUGGUUCUCCUACCCCGAGGUCGUCAAGGUCCUGCGCGAGCAGAACCCCCUGCCCCGCGAGAAGGGCUUCACUGUCUUCCUGACCGGCUACCAGAACUCGGGCAAGGACGCCAUCGCCCGCGCCCUGCAGGUCACUUUCAACCAGGACGGUGGUCGUCCCGUGUCCAUGCUCCUCGGUGAGACGGUCCGCCACGAGCUGUCCCAGGAGCUGGGCUUCACCCGCAAGGACCGCGACCUGAACGUCUCGCGCAUCGCCUUUGUCGCCUCGGAGCUCACAAAAGCCGGCGCCGCCGUCAUUGCCGCGCCCAUUGCUCCCUUUGAGGACGCCCGCCAGCAGGCCCGCGAGGCCGUCGAGAAGAGCGGCCCCUUCUUCCUCAUCCACGUCGCGACACCCCUCGAGUACUGCGAGAAGAUGGACCGCAGGGGCGUCUACGCCAAGGCCCGCCGUGGCGAGAUCAAGGGCUUCACUGGCGUCGAUGACCCGUAUGAGAACCCCGUCAAGCCCGACCUGGUGGUCGAUUUUGAGAAGCAGAACGUGAGGUCCAUUGUGCACGAGAUCAUCCUCCUGCUCGAGAGCCGUGGUCUGUUGGAUCGUCUGUAG